AUGGUCGACAGCUUCACGCGGUUCCUGCCGGGGCUGCGCAGCAGCAACAGCAGCACCCGGUACCGCGCCGCGCAGAGCUUGCGUCUGUACAUCGAGUCCGAGUCCCGUGAUCUCUCGCAUGGCCUUUACAUGAAGUGGGUCACGGAUAUCAGCGCGCGACUGCUGCAGCUCUGUAACGCGAACGAAAGCGCCGAUCGUAUGGGCGGCAUUGCGGCCAUGGACGAGCUCGUGGAGCUCUUUAUCGCCGAGCGCAACGACCAGACGAUCAUUGAGUUUGCGCACUCGCUUACGAGAGUGUUCGAGAAGAUCCCGAGCGCGGACCCGCCUAUGCUGCGCGUGGCGGCGAAGGCUCUGGGCCACAUUGUGUCCACAGGCGGGACGAGUCUCAUUGAGUUUGUCGAGGAUUACCACGUCAAGCCUGCACUCGAGUGGCUUAAGAACGAGACGUUCCACGUGCGUCGACACGCUGCGGUUAUGAUCCUCAAAGAGCUGUCGAUCAACGCGCCGUCAACGUCGUUUCGGUACAUGGACAAGUACUUUGACUUUAUCUGGAGUGCCUUUUGGGACUCGAAAGUCGUUGUGCGCGUAAGUGCGAGUGAAUCGCUGCAGUCGUGCUUGAUGCUCAUUCAGCAACGCGAGUCGAAUCGCAAGACGUCGUGGUACAAUCGCGCACUCGAUGAAGCUGAAGGAGCGUUCAAGCGCAACAGCUCCGAAGCGACACAUGGCGCGCUGCUGAUUCUCAAUGAAUUGCUACGCAAUACGGGGGACUUUAUGCACUCGCACUAUGCGCGUGCUUGUCGACUGGUGUUCAGUCACCAGGACCACAAAAGCGCGACUGUGCGUUCUGCUGUGAUUAAUCUCUUCCCGCGUUUAGCCAAGUUUAACACGUCAGUCUUCGUGGAAAAGUGCUAUAGACCGUGUAUGAAUCAUCUGCUUGAGGUCCUUUUCUCGGCAACAACGACAACACGUCCUGAUGCACUACUUUCGAUUGGAAAACUGUCGCUGGCGAUUGGACCAUUGCUAGCAAGGGACGAGCAGGCACUGAUGGCGAUAAUGAAUGGAAUCAAGAGUGGACUGCAAGUGCGCAAAAAAGACUUCGACACACAUCGAGAGGCACUUGCAUGCCUGCGCAUGCUGGCAGAGACUGUGGGCCCUGCACUCAUUCGUGUCGACUUGGAGUCCAUGGUGGGUCCACUUUUUCAGAACGACUUGGACUCAUCGCUGGUCGAGACAUUGACGACCAUUGCCAAAAGGAUCUUGCCCAUGAAACCCGUCAUCCAGCAAAAGUUGUUUGAGAGACUAAGCUCAAUUCUGCGCUCUAGACAAAAUGAGACAACUGGGUCAACUACGACGCCCACAAGUAGGAGGCUUAAGACGGCCUCUAUUUCUGUGACAGGUGGGAUGCUGUCGAACCUGUUUCUUUCAGCGACGGGAGCAAAGACCAACGGAACGUCAGAUAGUGGUGCCACAUCAACUGAUGUAUCAUCAGCGAUCGCAAUGCAGGCGCUUGCGCUAGAGACGUUAGCCAACUUCGACUUCCAGGGCAACCGACUCAUCCCGAUCAUGUCAUUUGUUCAUGAAACAGUGGUUAAAUUCCUUGACCAUGAAGUUGCUACCAUUCGUAAAAGCGCAGCACUUACGUGCUGUAAACUUCUUCUGCCAUCAAUUGAAGACCGCACUGGUGGCGCAACCAUGACCUCGGAAGAUUUUGCUCGCCCUGUUACAUCGGUGCUGGAGCGCUUGCUAACAGUAGGCAUCGCUGACACUGAAGCAAGUAUUCGUCUGCGUGUUUUGGCAUCGUUGGAUUCACGUUUUGACCCGUUGUUGGCCCUAAACGACAACUUGCGGUGCCUUUUUAUUGCGCUGAACGAUGAGGUGUUCAGCAUCCGCCAAACUGCUAUGAGUACUCUUGGAAGACUGACGCACCACAAUCCGUCCACUGUGCUACCAUCUCUCCGUCAAACGUUGGUGCAGCUAUUGGCCGAGUUGGAAUUUAGUGGAGAUUCCCGAGGCAAGGAAGAGGGCGCACUAUUGAUCGGUUGCUUGUUGCGGUCAGCGUCACAGCUAGCACAGCCGUAUGUUCUUCCUAUUCUCCGCGUGUUGAUGAAGAAUUUACGUGAAGACUCAGAACGCCGUAGCCACAAUCGAAGCACAGUCAGUGUGAGCAAAGCUAUAUUGGCAACCUUGGGUGACUUGGCGGAAGUUGGUGCGCAAGAACUGACGCCUUACCUCGGGCAGCUAUUGCCGGAUGUUAUUGACGAAAUGCGGGACUCGAGCAAUCCACAAAUAUUGCAGGUCGCUAUUAAAACUUUGGGCCAGUUAGUGUCAUCGACUGGCUAUGUGGUACUACCUUAUCAUGAGUACCCAGAGUUGUUAGACUUGCUGUGUCAAGCUUUGCAAAAGUCGGGUGAUGCUUUUGAAUCUUUACGGAUUGAAGCGGGGCGUACAAUCGGUAUCUUGGGUGCGCUGGAUCCGUACAAUCUUCGUUUGUUCCACUUACAAAUGCAAGGCAAGCUCACGGAUGCAAAGAAGAAAGAGUUUCGCUCUAGCGCAUUUGCUGUUGGCGCGGGUGGGGUGUUCAGUCUGAUGGCUAAUGGAGCAGAUCCGUCAGAAACGCUGACAAGUAACGGAUUCGGUGCCGGGUCAAAGGAGACACUUACUGGCAUUCGUAUUGGCAAACGAAUUGGCGGACUUGGGUUGCUAGAUGAUGGUGCCGAGGAAGCUGCUCUUCAUCUCGAGGAAUCUCUUCUACUCGCGCCGACACGGAAGGUGGCAAAGAAUGACAAACAGACCAGUGGAAAGCUGACCAAUAUCAUUUUGGAGAUUCCACCGAACGAUUUGCUGCCCUCGAUGAUCUCGGAAUCGUUCCAGUACUUCCCUUCAGUAGCGAUCAACGCAUUGAUUCGCAUUCUCCUCGAACCACGUAAUUCGGUGCACUACCAGGGCACCUUCAUGGCUAUCAUGUACAUUUGCAAAAGCCAACGCAAGCGUGUGGGACAGCACUUGGACAAGAUCAUUCCAGCCUUUCUUUACACUUUGGAGAAAGUGAACCGUUCUCUGCGCAAAUUUCUUUUCGAGCAGCUCUGCGACCUGGUACGGAUUGUCGAAGAGCAGAUUCAGCCUCACUUGGACCACGUAGCGUUGCUUUCGAUCGUCAAUAGCUAUUGGGACGAACAUCUCGAAGAGGUUCUCAACUUGGUCAAGAAUCUAGCAAACUCACUGGGCGAGAAAUUUCGUGUUUACUUGCCGGAUCUCGUCCCUCAAAUGUUGCGCGUGAUUCGGACAGAGCGUGACAAUUCCGCCCGGCCACGAACACUGUUGGUACUAAAAACAGCUGUGUCUCUUGGGCGCUUGCUGGAUGGAUAUCUGCACUUAAUUAUUCCUGCACUCGUGGCGCUCAUCCAGAGUGAUGCGGAUGUGAAUGCGAGGAAGCAAGGUUUGGGCUCACUCGGAUCGCUCGUGAAGAAGCUUAACGUAAGCGUGUAUGCAUCAAAAAUUAUCCACAUGCUAGCACGUGUGAUCUCGUCUCAACCGGAGAUGGUGUAUCUGGCAAUGGAUUGCCUUUGCUGCAUGGUGUACACGAUGGGUGACGACUACGCGAUCUUUGUUCCAAUUAUUAGUCAGGUCUUGGGUCGCAACACAUCGCGUUCAAACGAUAUUUUUGACCGCUAUGAUCUCCUUGUGUCGAAGAUCUUGAAAUACCAGCCGUUGCCUGUAGCGUCAUGGGCAACGGAUCCGCUCAAAUCACGUGCAGAUGCUUCGGGUGAUCGUAAGGAGUCAAACUUGUCUGCCCAAGACGAGACCAAGAGCUUACCAUGCGACCAAAAAAACUUGAUGAAGGCAUGGGAGGCAUCGCAGCGGUCAACGAAGGAAGACUGGAACGAGUGGAUUCUAGCUUUUUCGGUGGAAUUGCUUCGAGAGUCACCCUCACCAGUCCUACGAGCUUGCAAAGAGCUGGCUUCAGUGUAUCAGCCUUUGGCACGAGAGCUGUUCAAUGCAUCGUUCGUGAGUGUGUGGCCUCAUCUGUCGUCUUCGACCCAGGACAAUUUGAUUCGGUCUCUGGAGUCAGCCUUUCAGUCGCCUCAUUUGCCAUCUGAAAUCUUGCAAACGCUGCUCAAUCUUGCUGAGUUCAUGGAGCAUGAUGACCAGCCUCUACCGAUUGAUAUUCGGCUGCUUGGGUCUUUGGCUGACAAGUGUCAUUCUUUUGCCAAGGCUCUUCAUUAUAAAGAGCUUGAGUUUAACACCAAUCCAAGUACUGAUGGGAUCCAAGCACUUAUCAGCAUUAACUCGAAGCUUAAUCAGCCAGAGGCCGCGCGUGGUAUUCUGAAAUAUGCCCUUGAAAAGCUGGCGGGUAUUGAGGUGAAGGCUUCGUGGCACGAGAAGCUUUUACGCUGGGACGAUGCGUUAGCGACACACGAUCGCGUUCUCCAAGAACAGCCGAAUAAUGUGGAGUCUAUCUUCGGCAAGAUGCGUUGCCUGUGGGCAAUUGGUGAGUGGCGUAAGCUGAAUGACCACGUGCAGGAGACGUGGUCCAAAAUUUAUGGUGAGAGCCAAGACUUGAACGGUGAGCACGCGGGCGGAGAAACGUUGCUGGAUGUGCCCCCAGCUUUGAAAAAGGAAUUGUGCAGUAGUGGCGCUCGGGUAGCCUUCUCGCUGCAAAACUGGGACUCGAUUCCGAAAUACAUUAACUCGGACAUGGACGCUACAGAGUCUCAUCUGUUUAAGGCAGUUGUGUCUAUAAGGCGUAUGGAGUUGGACGAGGCUAUGAGCUCUAUUACCGAUUGCCGAAAGGAAAUGGAUCCAACGUUGCGUUCCCUCGUAAGCGAGAGCUAUGCUCGAGCGUACCUUCCAUCUGUUGUGAAUUUGCAGAUGCUGACGGAGUUGGAGGAGAUAGUCGCCUAUUUGAAGACAUUCGCCUGCAACAAUAACGGUGAACUUACGCUUCUGUCAGCGCCUGUGCUAUCAUCUUCGGUGUCGACACCUGCAUCGCAUCGCAAACAAAGCAUCAGUAGUCUCAACUUUGUGUCUUCGGCGUCUUCAACAUCGUACGGACAUGAGAAACAAGUAGCACUGAAGAAACUGCAAACGAUUUGGACCAGACGAAUGCUAGGAGUGGAGCGCAGCAUAGAAGUGUGGCAAAGCCUUAUGCUGGUGCGAUCGCUCGUAUUUGAUCCCAGGGAAGACGUCGAUAUUUGGCUAAAGUAUGCACGUUUGUGCUUGAAGUCGGGGCACAUCAACCUUGCUGCUAGCGCUCUAUGGCGCGUUGGCGCACAACCGUUCAUUCGCAGUGUUGAACGAGACCCUUACGCACCGAUCCCGAUCAACCUUGGUGGCAACGUCGGAGCAAGCCAAGGUUUUGCAAAUGGACUGCUGAGUUUAGCGGACAGCACAGCGCAGGACCCGCGCGUGGCGUUUAGCUUUUUGCGACACCUGUGGGCAGAAAAUCGCGAAGACGUGGCUUUGAAGCAAAUGGAUUACUUCAUCGAGGCACUGGAGCAGCACGGGGAUCCAACAAAUGAAGAUAUGCGUAGACUACGUGUACAAGUGUAUAUUCAGCUGGGCGAGUGGCAAAUGUCGCUGUCGGAGCCACACAAACAAGCUGAUGGAGCGUUUGACCAUGUCCUCGAGUGUCUGGAGACAGCAACGAAGCUAGACCCGACCAAUGACCGCGCGUGGCACGAGUGGGCCCUCAUGAACUUUCGGGCACUUGAAGCUACCAUGAAAGAAUCUGGCCAAGGAGAUCCGAAGCGUUACGCUGUUCGAGCCAUCCAGGGUUUCUUCCGGUCGAUUUCCUUCGGCCACACGAGCUAUGAUGUGACGAAAGACGUUUUGCGUCUGUUGACACUUUGGUUUGCACAAGGCAAUCGUAGCGAUGUCCACCUAGCGAUGGUUGAAGGAUUCCACGAGGCAUCUAUUGAUACGUGGUUGGAUGUCAUUCCACAGCUUAUUGCGCGUAUUGACACGCCGAACCCGAAGACGAGCGAGCUCCUUCAUGAUCUGCUCUCUCGAAUUGGACAAGCACAUCCUCAGGCUCUAAUUUACCCCAUCACAGUGGCUUCUAAGGCUCUCAACCCCACUCGAAAGCUCGCAGCCGAGGGGAUUCUUGCUGCUGUGCGUCGACAUAGUUCUCAGCUCGUGUAUGAGGCUGAUAUGGUAUCGCGCGAACUUAUUCGCGUGGCCAUCCUAUGGAAUGAGUUGUGGCAUGGUGCUCUCGAAGAAGCAUCGAAGCAUUUCUUCAACAACCGCGAUGUGACUGCUAUGAUUGCUGAGCUGGCUCCACUUCACGAGCUGAUGGAUCAAAUUGGCACGGAAGAGACACCCACACUACGCGAAGUAGCGUUCUACCAAGCGUUUGCGCGAGACCUGAAAUACGCAAAGGAGUGGACCAACGUUUAUGAGCGCACAAAGAGCCUGGACGAUUUGAAUCAGGCAUGGGAUAUCUACUACAGCGUCUUCUCUAAGAUUCGCAAGCAGCUCGCGAAUCUCUCAGCGCUGGAAUUGGCCAACGUCGGACCGAAGUUGCUUUCAGUGCGCAAUCUGACACUUGCAGUACCGGGCACGUACAAGGCUGGCGCCCCAAUUGUCCGCAUCCAGUCCUUUGAUACAAAAGUCACAGUGCUCACGUCGAAGCAGCGGCCGAGGAAGGUGUCUAUCAACGGAAGUGACGGGAAAGCUUAUCCGUUCCUGCUUAAAGGCCACGAGGACCUGCGCCAAGAUGAGCGAGUGAUGCAGCUUUUUGGCGUAAUCAAUACCCUGCUAGCCAACGACAGCGACACCAGCAAACGCAACUUGGCCAUCCAGCGUUACUCGGUGCUUCCAUUGUCUCACACGAGCGGCUUGAUCGGAUGGGUACCCAACUGUGAUACCUUGCACCAGCUUAUCCGCGACUACCGUGAGGCGCGUAAGAUCCAGCUGAACGUUGAACACCGGCUGAUGGUGCAGAUGGCCCCUGACUACGACAAAUUGCCACUCAUGCAGAAGGUCGAGGCAUUUAAAUACGCACUAGGUGAGACGACCGGUCAAGAUCUCUACCGCGUCUUGUGGCUGAAGAGCCAGGACUCAGAGGUGUGGCUCGACCGCCGCCGCAACUUUACGCGCUCGCUCGCUGUCAUGUCGAUGGCCGGUUACAUUCUCGGUCUUGGUGAUCGGCACCCGAGCAAUCUUAUGCUGGACCGUGUGUCCGGCAAACUCGUUCACAUCGACUUUGGUGACUGCUUCGAAGUAGCGAUGGAGCGCGACAAGUACCCGGAGAAAAUUCCGUUCCGACUCACGCGCAUGCUUACACAAGCUAUGGAGGUUAGCGGCAUCGAAGGCAACUUUCGUUACACGUGUGAAGCAUCGAUGCGCGUUCUUCGCGAUAAUCGCGACUCGCUCAUGGCAGUGCUGGAGGCUUUCGUGUACGACCCUCUCAUCAAUUGGCGGUUGCUCAAGAAGGACACGGUGCCGUCUCACGCACAACCGGAAGAUGACGGCGCGGGUGGUGCCGAGCGUGGAGGAGGCACUGGAGACGGCUCGGAUGUCAGCACUAGGGAGGAUUCCAUUCGUGUCAGGCGUGAAAGUGGACAGGACGGCGACGACGAUGGCGAUGGGGAAGGAGAUGACGAUGCUGCGAAUGAUGAGAGUUUGGGCGAGGACAAGCUGACGGGAAACAGUGUGAAGAGCUCGACGUCAUUGACCCCCGUGACUUCGAGGAGACGACGUCACUCUUCAUCGGAAGCUGCAAUGCUGGGAUUCAACAUGGACAUGCUCGACUCCGCAAUGGCGCGCGCUUCGAUCGCAGAAGGACAGCGGGACAACUUUGGCACGUCGUUCGUGGCCGCUGCCCAUCCGCAAUUGAACGAGAAGGCGUUGAGCGUCAUCGAGCGCGUUAAGAAGAAACUUGCUGGUCGUGACUUUGACGAUGGCAGCAAGGUGCUGACGGUGGAUGCACAAGUGGAUCGGUUGAUCCAUCAAGCCACGUCGCACGAGAACUUGUGUCAACUCUAUUACGGGUGGUGUCCCUUCUGGUAG